AUGGGCGGCGGGUGCUCUUCGGGCUGUGGCGGGUGCUCUCCGGUCCUGGAACAUGAGUUGAGGAGGUCUAAUUCGGUGCGGCCUGACCAGCUGCGCGCUCAUGGCGGAGACCAGAGCUUCCGAGUGCUGCAUGACCGCAAGGACUGGCUGACAGUCGUCUUCCUCCGCGACCCUGUAGAGCGAUUCGUCAGCGGCUACCUCGACAAGUGCCGCCCCACCAUAGCACGGGGGGAGCGGCACUGCGAGCCACUUGGCCUGUACAUCAAUGGCACGCACAGCGAGUUCAUGCGCUUGCUGCCCCACGCCCGCAUGCAGCUUGGCUCGUACGUGGAUACAUUCCCACUCACGUGGAACCUGCACUUCUUCCCGCAAUCCCUGUACUGCGACGACCUCGGCAGGAACGCCCAUAAAUACACGUUUCGUGGGGCGCUCAACGCUUCGCUCGCCGAUCAAGUGGGUGCGCUGGGCAGGCUCAUCGACGCACGCGCACUGGCCGCCACGCCUGGUUCCGCGCCAAAGCACGUAGGGCAGGGCGCGGCAGCUGCAUCGUUUAAAACAGACAACGACAGCGGUGAGCACAAGACGGACGCCGCGGCGAGGCUGGCGGGGCUCGUGGCGACAGAGAGCGCGGCACGGCGACUCCUCGAGUACUAUGCGAUAGACUACGUUGAGCUCGGCCUCGAGCUCCCAAGCUUCCUGGUCAAGCUACCGCUGCCCGCGCUAAGCCGCAACACGACGCUCACCUUCUUCCUUCGCGCCAUGCCGCCGUCGGUCACCCUCCCGGCCGCUGAGAGGCACGACGAGCUGAUCGACGCGGCGCUAUACAAGCUCGUCGGCGGGGCGCGGGUCGGCGCCGCCGGCACGCGCUGGGAGCGCGCGUGCAAGCAGGCGCGCCUUCCCGUCAAGAUGGGCGGCAUGGGCCUCACUAGCGCCGUCGACAUCCGCGAGCCGGCGUGGAUUGGCACGUGGGCGCUCGUCGCCGGGCCCAUGCGCCACCUGCAUGCUCCUUUCCGCGACCUCGACGUGAGCAAGGCGCCGGGCUCCGAUUUCGACGAGCUGCGGGCGGCGCAUGACAGGCUCAAGAAGGAGCACGGCGAGAUCGCGGCGACGUGGAAGGAGUGGGACGACAAGACGAAGGCGGAGUACUUUGACCUGGUUGGCGCUGCUGCCCUCGCCGAGUUCACGUCCAAGCACGAGUUCCUACACCAGGCGCAGCGGCGCUUCACGACGGUGGUCCACAACAGGAACUGGCGCGACCUCGCCGAGGAGCUCGCCAAGGAGGGCUCCGCGGGAUCGCGGUCUGCUCCUCGCGGCAAGAAGGGCAAGGCGCGUGCCGAGGGCAGGGAACGGGGUCGGAUAUUUCUUUUUUCAAAGUGCAAGGUGUGA